AUGGGUGUUGGAGGGUACUUGUCUGAUCUAAUGGGCAGUGGCUACCACCAGCAAAAUAAGACCAAAAAGAAGCAAUUACAAACCGUGGAGCUGAAGGUGAGGAUGGAUUGUGAUGGCUGUGAGCUUAAGGUUAAGAAAGCUCUCUCUUCGUUAAAUGGAGUGAAAUCGGUGGAGAUAAACAGGAAACAGCAGAAAGUGACAGUAACUGGGUAUGUGGAAGCAACCAAGGUUCUAAAGAAGGCCAAGUCCACAGGGAAAAAAGCUGAGAUUUGGCCUUAUGUGCCUUAUAACAUGAUGACUCAUCCUUAUGUUGCUUCAGCUUAUGACAAGAAGGCUCCUCCUGGACAUGUGAGGAGAGUGGACAACUCUGCCACCAUUGGAACUGUGACAUCAUUUGAAGAUCCAUACAUCACCAUGUUCAGUGAUGAAAACCCAAAUGCAUGCUCUAUCAUGUAG